GGGGAGGACCCGGAGCCCGGAAGGAUCCCAUCCCCGCGGCCCGGCAGGUGCCCGGCCGCCCGCUCUCCGUCCGGCCGCCCGUCCCCGCGGCCCCGCCGUCAGCUCGCCCUCCCUCCGGGCUCCCGCUCGCCAUGCAGCCGCCGCCGCCGCCGGCCCCGCGCGUGUGAGCGCCCGCCGCCGGCCAUGCUGCCCCUCCUCGCCGCGCUGCUGGCCGCCGCCUGCCCGCUGCCGCCCGCUCGCGGCGGGGCUGCGGGCGCGCCGGGCCUCCUCGGGGCGCCCCCCAACGCCUCCGCCAACGCGUCGUCCGCGGGCGAUCCCGCCGCCGCCGCCGCCCCCCCGAGGCUGCCGGCCCCGGCGGCCCCCGGAGCCCCCGAGCGCGCGGGCCCGGAGGCGGCGGCGCCCUGCAACAUCAGCGUGCAGCGGCAGAUGCUGAGCUCGCUGCUCGUGCGCUGGGGCCGCCCGCGCGGCUUCCUGUGCGACCUGCUGCUCUUCUCCACCCACGCGCCCGGCCGCGCCUUCUUCGCCGCCGCCUUCCACCGCGUCGGGCCGCCGCUGCUCAUCGAGCACCUGGGGCUGGCGGCGGGCGGCGCGCAGCAGGACCUGCGCCUGUGCGUGGGCUGCGGCUGGGUGCGGGGCCGCCCGCCCGGCCGCCCCCGGGCCCCCGCCGCCGCCGCCGGGGCGCCCACCGCGCUGCCCGCCUACCCCUCCGCCGAGCCCCCCGGGCCGCUGUGGCUGCAGGGCGAGUCGCUGCACUUCUGCUGCCUGGACUUCAACCUGGAGGAGCUGCAGGGCGAGCCGGGCUGGAGACUCAACCGCAAGCCCAUCGAGUCCACGCUGGUGGCCUGCUUCAUGACCCUGGUCAUCGUGGUGUGGAGCGUGGCCGCCCUCAUCUGGCCGGUGCCCAUCAUCGCCGGCUUCCUGCCCAACGGCAUGGAGCAGCGCCGGACCGCGGCCACCGCCAGCGCCAGCGCCGCCGCCGCGCCCGCCGCCGUGCCCGCGGGGACCACCGCCGCCGCCGCCGCCGCCGCUGCCGCCGCCGCCGCCGCCGCCGCGGCCGUCACCUCGGGGGCAGCGGCCAAGUGACGGCUCCGCGCCUGCUCCCGGCGGCCGCGCCCUCGGGGGGCCUUUCCCGCCGGGAGACGCGGCCCCCGUGCUUCGUGCUGUCGUGUUCGUUAGUUCUUCGGGGGAGGGGUCCGCCGCUGGGAAGACCGAGCGGAGAGGAACGGGACCCUUUCUCCUCUAUUGCAUCUCCUUGCCUCUUCCCUCCCCCCACACCCACGUGCCCUAUAUCCAUGGCAGAAAAUGACCAAAUCCUGUGUAUUUGUUUUAUAUCUUGAAUAACUGUUUUAAAUGAAAGUUUUAGUAAAAAAAAAAAAAAAAAUCCAAUUGCUAUUGCUGGUAGUGAGAGAAGUUCUUUGUACCCGAACACAGUAGCUGAAGUUGUUUUUUUGUUUGUUUGUUUGUUUUUUGUUGUUUUUUUAAAUUUAUGUCAAAGGGGGAAGGAGCAUGGGAAUGACUGAACCCUGAUCUGUUAUUGUUACUGCUGGAAAUGAACUUUAUGGACCUUUUCCGAGUUGAUCUAUCCAGUGACGUGUCCUGGUGGGCGUUUCUUCUUGUACUUCUGUGGGUUUUUUUGGCUUUUAAUACAGACAUUUUCUUCCAGA